UUCCCUCCACUCUAGGAACUGCAGAGCCGUCAGUUCUGGUGCUGCUUGUUGGCUGAAACAGCUGGCACCUUCAUUUUUGUUUCAGUAGUGCUGGGGGCUUCUUCCCCUGCUGGUCCUAAACAAGUACUCCCUUCCCCACUCCAACCAGCCCUUGCUGCAGGGCUGGUUGCCAUCAGCUUGGCACAUUGCUUUGGUGAGAUCAGUGGGGCCCAGGUCAACCCAGCACUCACUGUGGCUUUCCUGUGUACUCGCAAACUGGAUGCUCUUCAUGCUGCAAGCUAUAUCCUGGUCCAGUGCCUAGGUGCCAUCCUAGCAUCUGGUAUCUUCUUCCUCAUGUUACCUGCCUCAGCCAUUGGGCAACUGGUUACCAAGGUGAGCAGUGAAGGGAAUGCUGGACAGGCCUUGGGAAUGGAGGCUUUAUCCACAUUCCAGCUGGCUCUCACCAUCUUUGCUGUGGAAGACCAUCGGCGGCGUGAGUUGGGGGAGCCUGGCAUCUUGGCAAUUGGAUUCUCUGGCAUGUUCUCUGGGGGCAGCAUGAAUCCAGCCCGAUCACUAGGACCAGCUGUAGUCACAGGGAUCUGGGAACAUCACUGGGUGUAUUGGCUUGGUCCCAUGCUGGGUGCAGUCCUUGCUGGAAUGUCCUAUGAAUUCUUCUUUGCUAGCAGCGCUUCACGGGAAAAGCUAGUUGCCUGCCUGACCUGCCAUGACAUUGAGAUUGUGGAGGCAGCCAGCGUGUCUCGUUCUUCUCUCUCAGUUUCUGCUCACCCCAAACCACCUUGCAAGGGGGAAUGCGGCACUGAAUAGCAGAUCGCAUCAUCCCAUCUUCUUAACCUCGCUCUGUCCAUAGUUCCUUGCCCCUCACCCAGUUGUUUUCUUCCUGGUAUAUGGCCAGCUGGGCCAUGAUAUUGUGAU